GGUUAUGUUUAAACACAGAUGAAGGAAACUAAAGAUGAACCGAAAGUAGAAAUCGUCGAUGAAACAGAGCGAUGUUGCAAAGUUGUUGUUUCUAUCUUGUCACAUGAGCCCGUAUUGGCGGUAGAUUGUUUGGGAGUUCAACUUGCGAGCAGAGGUCCAUUGACUCUUAUACAAGUUGGUACUUACAGCGAUCAGGUGUACUUGUUUGAUGUACACAAAAAUGAGAAGCUUCUUGUCGAUGGUAAACUGGGCACUUUAUUGGAAUCCGAAGCUGUUAUAAAGGUGAUGUAUACAUGCUCAAGUGAUAGUGCUGCUUUGUUCUAUCAGCAUAACAUUAUUCUUCGGAAUGUGUUUGAUGUAAAGGUUGCACACAUUUUACUAGAAGAGCAGAAGGGUCGGUUACUUAUUCCAUUUUCGACACUGCGUACAAUGUGCAAACUAUAUUCCACUUGUGACAGGGUAUCAGAAUAUAAAGAGGAAAUUCAGACACAGUGUGACAAAAAAGUUGGCGAUUUUUGGGCGAAACGCCCUUUAACAGAUAAAAUGAUUUCCUAUGCAAUAGGAAACGUAAGCGCUUUGAUUCCAGAAGUGUAUGAAAAUCAGAAACGACUAUUGAAAAAGAGCGAAUUGGACUUAAAAUUUAAAGAUAGAGUAAUGGAGACCAUUUGCGUUCAUAUGGGUCCUGAAAAAAUGACACUUAGAACAAAGCAACGAGAAGAACGCAUUCAGGAAAUUAUAAAUUCAAUUGAUGAAAAUGGUAAUGCAGAUACUAAGAUCACGGACUUUGGAGAGGAAAGCGACGAGAUGUUAGCCUUCCGAAGACUUCAUAUUAAAGAUGCUCAACGAAAGUCUGAUUUUAUUGAUCGCUUAAAAACUGAGAGUAUUGAAUAUGAUUUGAAAAAAAUUGGCGACAAAAUCAAAAAAGAGAAAAGUAAUUUUGUUCCAGAAAUUUUCACUUUUAAAUUUCUGUCUGAAACUCAGUCGCAUCAUCAUGAUGAAAAUAUAAUACAACAAGCAACGCAGCUUAAAUACCAAAUAAAAGAAAUUGUUUUUGCCGACAUUGAGACAAAAUAUUCAAUGGAAACAAGUCUUCAAUAUUUAACACACUGGGAAAAAGAUGCAUUAAGAAAUAUGAAUGCGAAUAGGAUUUGUGAAUCUCCAAAGGUUCGUCGUCGUUUGUUUUUUCUUUUAACGGAGGCCGAUGUGGACAGAAAAAUCAAACAACUACAUAAGUAUGGAAACAACUAUCGAUGUAAUGAAAAGUUUUACAGCAAGAUAAAAUUUAUUGCUACCAACGCAUCUGAUGUACCGGAAUCUUUGCGACAAAAGGCUAGAGACUUUGUACGUCAACACGACGCGCUUGAUAAUUCAAAUCAAACGCGAUAGCGAAUUGUUAGUUUUUAAAUUAAACUCUUGACACUUUCAUUUUUCAAACUGAUAUUUGGUUUUGUGUCGAAAAUGUGAAUUGUCAUGGGUUUAUACUUGUUGGGUACGACAGAGAACCCUAAAAAAGAAACAAAUAUUUAAGGUAACUCUGUAAUUUUGUUUUGCAUCUUAACUCCCCGGAAAGGAAUUUGCCACCCUUUAAUCUAAUAGAGAUGAUUCCAAAUACUAGACAUAAAAUUUUGCUAGAAAUUGUGAUGGUGGUGUUAUUGAAAAUGUACGUAUUAUCAUAAUGUAUUUUAAGUCAAUUACAAUGCCUUUUGAUAUUUGUUCAUUGAUUCAAAGGUUAAAAAAAAUAAAAGAAUUCAGUUUG